AUGUUUGAGGACUUCUCCUUUUCUUCGCCCUCCUCACGGCCUACCCGGUUAGCGCUUAAUACAGAAGACCGCCUCAUGAUAGACGGCGACAGCAAUCUGAUCUCACCACUUUCAUCUCGCUGCCCGUCGCCGACAUCGCACCGCUUCCGCACACUCUCUCGAUCCCGGUCUUCAUACUUUCGAUCCCAACAACAACCACCGACAUCUGUGCCCUUCCCUUACGAAUCAAAGCGUCUAUCCAUCGCAACAUUGACACAAAAACUUCACGAACAUACCCUCCAAACACCAAAUGGCGAGUCCUUCCCGGACCGGACUCGGUUCAAUGAUGGACCCCGACGAUCCGGCCAGUACGCUGGUUACGUCCUGACACCACCAGACACAGACCACGACGACGAUGGUCUCCUCUCCUCGCCAUCAUUAUGCUCAAACCCAAGUCCUACCUCUAUCCCCCCAGAUUUUCCUCCGCUAGACGGUCCAGACUACCCACAUCCACAGCCAGACCUCCUCAGCAUCCGCAGCCAACGGCAGCAGAUCUCCCAGUUGCAAUGUAACCAGGGAGAUAUCGAUUCUGUCCGCCGCGCAACCGAUGAUGCAUUCGGCUCUAUUCCUUGUGAAGACGAAUGCCACCCCAGCUCUUUACCGCCACGUCCCUCGCCACGACGGCGAGCUCUCACGCAGCACCGUAGUAGAUUUGGGCCUGCGGAGUCGCUGGAGGCACGGGGGAGACGGAAGAGUAGCUCGGGUGCUAUACAUUCACAUCGGAUUGAAAAGAGUCAUUAUCCUUCUUCUGCGGGGGAGGGAUGCGUCUAA